AUGGCAGCGCCCAGUAGCCACGGGUCCUGCUGAAUUGGGAGAUCAGGUUCCUUUCCUAUAAGCCAGCGAGCUUGCUGCACUUCUGAUUUUGAAACCCUGAAUCUAGGUUUCUCUGGAGAGUGGCGGGACCUCCACACCUUUCUACAGUAGCUGCUACUCUUUGCAUUCCCACCAGCAGUGCAGCGGGUUGCAACUUCUCCACCUAGGAGAACCCGUGAGCAGAGGUUUCUACAAUGGUUUGUUCAGUGCUCCGGAGAGUUGCCCGUGCCCACGUCUGCCUGGUGAGGAGGGCCAGUCAUGUCUGCAGAGGCCACCAGCAGCGGGCGUGGGGCUCGAGACCAGCUGCGCCAGACUUUGCUGCUCCUGGAGCUCCGGGCAGUGUUCUACAGCUGCUGGGCAAAUCCUACCUCCAGGACGACCACACCAACCUCACCCAGAAAGUCCUGUCCAAGGUCGGCAGGAAUCUGCACAACCAGCAGCACCAUCCUCUAUGGCUAAUCAAGGAGAGGGUGAAGGAGCACUUCUACAAGCAGUAUGUGGGCCGAUUUGGGACGCCGCUGUUCUCCGUCUAUGAAGACCUUUCUCCUGUGGUCACAACCUGGCAGAACUUUGAUAGCCUGCUCAUCCCAGCUGACCAUCCCAGCAGGAAGAAGGGGGACAACUAUUACCUGAACCGGACUCACAUGCUGCGAGCGCACACGUCGGCGCAUCAGUGGGACUUGCUGCGUGCGGGGCUGGAUGCCUUCCUGGUGGUGGGUGACGUCUACCGGCGCGACCAGAUUGACUGCCAGCACUACCCAGUUUUCCACCAGCUUGAAGGUGUCCGGCUCUUCUCUAAGCACGAGUUAUUUGCUGGCAUAAAGGAUGGAGAAAGCUUGCAGCUCUUUGAACACAGUCCUCGCUCUGCACAUAAGCAAGAGACACACAGCAUGGAGGCCACGAAGCUUGUGGAAUUUGACCUCAAGCAAACACUCAUCAGGCUUGUGGCACAUCUUUUCGGAGAUGGGCUGGAGGUUCGCUGGGUGGACUGCUACUUUCCUUUUACUCAUCCUUCCUUUGAGAUGGAGAUCAAGUUCCAUGGAGAAUGGCUGGAGGUUCUUGGCUGUGGGGUGAUGGAACAGCAGCUGGUGAAUUCAGCUGGAGCACAAGAUCGCAUUGGCUGGGCCUUUGGUGUAGGGCUAGAAAGACUGGCCAUGACCCUCUACGACAUCCCGGACAUCCGCCUCUUCUGGAGCGAGGACGACCGCUUCCUGAAACAGUUCCGCCUGUUGGACAUUCAUCAGAAGGUGAAGUUUCAGCCUCUUAGCAAAUACCCUGCGCUGACAAAUGACAUUUCCUUCUGGUUGCCAUCUGAGAACUACACAGAGAAUGAUUUCUAUGACUUAGUCCGGACCAUCGGAGGAGACCUGGUGGAGAAGGUUGACCUCAUAGACAAGUUCGAACAUCCUAAGACGCACAGGACCAGCCACUGUUACCGCAUCACCUACCGCCACAUGGAGCGGACACUAUCCCAGAGGGAAGUCAGCCACGUCCACCAAGGCAUCCAGGCAGCCGCGGUGCAGCAGCUGGGUGUGGAUGGCCGAUUUUGAUGUCGCCACGUGAGCUCCAGGGUCUGUGGAGAGAGGAAACGAUGCUCUACGUAAGCUGGAGCCUCAGGCAUCUUCUGAUGAAUGGGGAUGUGAAGAAAAUAAAGGGUCACUCCUAAGAAAGUGUCCGCACGUGUUCAUCUUUAAUGUGGAGGAAAGGAAAAGGAGAAAAGAACAGUGCCCCCUCUUUCCCUUCUCGACACACUUUGCCCCUCGGCUCUCUGCACGGUUCGUCAGUCAAUCCCAGGGAGCCAUCACGCGUGGGCCGAAUCUGAGGCCCACAGGCUGUGGCGCUCGGGUAGCAGGCACAGCCAGCCGCGCGGAGGG